AUGGAUAACCGCGAAGACUGUGAAGACUGGAACGACACGCCAACUGCCGAUGCAGACCGACUCGCAUUCUCCAACCAAAGUUAUAGAAAUGCUAAGGAACAGGAUGAUGAUUGGAAUACAGGAUCCCCUGUGGCUGCCGAAGAUGAUUGGGGUCUAAACAGUUACGCAGCUAACACAGGUAGUUCCAAGUUGGAUAUCAAUACAGAUUUAGGCUCCAGACGUAAUUUUUGA